AUGGCUCCUAGCACGUUAUCAUAUCCUCUCAACGUGGACUUCGUGGACGUGGUAAUUAUCGGAGCCGGAAUUUCUGGUAUCAACUUUGCGCAACGUCUCCAAGAAUCAAAUCCAUCAUUGUCCCUGGUCAUCUUGGAAGGUCGUAAUUCGAUAGGUGGAACGUGGGAUUUUUUCAAGUAUCCUGGCAUACGAUCCGAUUCUGACUUGUACACCUUUGGCUUUUCAUGGUAUCCUUGGAAAGAAGAUCGCGCCAUCGCAGACGCUGGAAGUAUCAAACGAUACCUGACGGAAGCAAUCAGAUUUGCAAAUAUUGAUUCACGUAUCCGACUGUUGCAUAAGGUGGUGAAAGCGGACUUCAGCGAAGAGAGCGCACAGUGGAAUCUGACCAUCGAAAAUGAUGGCUCUUUGAAGACACUCCAUUGUCGGCACGCUGUUUUUGGUACUGGUUACUACGACUAUGAGCAACCCAUGAGCACCACGAUUCCAGGACUGAGCGACUUCAAAGGAGAAAAGAUCCACCCUCAAUUCUGGCCUGAGAACCAGGAUUACAAGGACAAGAACAUUGUGGUCAUCGGAUCCGGUGCAACUGCGGUGACAUUGCUUCCCAAUCUCGCCAAAAAGGCAAAACACGUCACUAUGCUCCAGCGCAGUCCGGGUUAUAUUGUGUCCAUGAAUAACAGGACUCCACCCAUACUCAAGCUGCUCCUACCUGAGAAACUACUCUACUUCUUUCUGCGGUGGUGGUUCCUGACAUCCCUGUUCUUUAACUUCCAAUUCUGCCGUUUUUUUCCAGCGUUUGCCAGACAAAAGUUGAAGGAAGCAACACAACAAAAGUUGCCAGCCAAUAUCCCAAUUGACCCUCACUUCUCUCCCAAGUACAACCCUUGGGAACAACGCCUCUGUUUGUCUCCAGACGGUGACUUCUUUGACUGCCUUCAAUCUGGGAAAGCCUCUGUGUCAACUGGACAAAUUCAGGGGUUUACGAAGAAAGGGAUCUGCUUGCAAAGUGGGGAAAGCAUCGAUAACGUCGACAUUGUCGUGACGGCAACCGGACUGCGACUAGUGUUUGCGGGGAAAAUUCAAAUCUCAGUGAAUGGCCGAAAUGUUGAUGUGUCAAAAAAGGUCUUAUGGCGGGGUUGCAUGCUGGAGGAUGUACCAAACGCUUGUUUUAUCAUGGGAUAUACAAAUGCAUCUUGGACACUAGGAGCCGAUGCAUCGGCUAUUCUGUUUUGCCGUCUGGUGUCCAGCAUGGCCCGCUCGCGACAGGCCAGUGCCACACCCCGGUUUGAGGGGAACGCAAAAGAGAGAGCAGCGAUGAAGACGAGUUCGUUCUUGAAUCUCAAUAGCACUUACGUGACGAAAGCCGCAGAGUCCCUGCCAAAGACAGGCGAUGUUGGCCCAUGGAAAGUGCGACGCAACUAUUAUUUUGAUAUUUGCACAGCGAAAUGGGUCACCCUGUCUGACGGCCUAUUUUACAGAAGUGCCUUUGAGAAAAAGGCACUAUGA